AUGGAUGAAAACCUUGUGGAGUUGCAGGGGCGCCUGACUGCAGCAGAAGAUCGUGUUCGAAAGAUGACACACUUGAUGCUGCGUGCGGUAUGGCAGUACGUUAUACACCACCGUACAUCUCCCAUAUCGGUUAAGAAUUCGUGUGUUUCAGGCGCCAGAGAGAAAGUGCGCCCAGGUGCUGCUGUACCGCGACAAGUUUACAAGAAGAGUGAUCCAACACCGACUCAACGUAGAAAGAGCAAGGGAGGUGUGGCGGACCAGGCCCGGCUAAGCCGUGAGCUGUACCGAACAGCUUUUGGAGCGGCACGCCAGCAGGUAGAGGAAGAGGCGACUUUGGGUAAUUCUGAAGAAAAUGGCAAGUGUGAUGGUGUGCCUUCCGUGGCUUUGCUUUUGCUGCAAUCUUCUCGGCAGCGAGCCAUUAUGGCUUUGUUUCUGUUGCGGCUUCGCUUAGCAGUGCACCAGCGGCGUUUUCUCCACGCUGAGUGUGAGAUGCGCUACAACUAUUAUAAACUCCGCCGGACGCUGCGGGCGUGGCACCAGCACGCACGAGCGUCCACCUGCAGAAGACGGAGAAUUCUCGAACAUGUGUUACAACACUGGGUGGGAUUUGUUCAACGACGUCGGCGCAAGCAAGACAUCCUGCGUCGUUUUUGCGCAGGGCUAGUGAGGAGGCUUCAUGCAUUUGAGGCUGUUCGAGGGCGAAAGUUGCAGCAGUGUUUCAUGCGCUGGCGUCAGCGUCUUGAUGUAUGCCGAAUGGUGCGCGGUAUGGAAGAAUGCGCAACGAAGAUGAGGAGGCGGCAUAAGUACAUUGAGGUUGAUUCUACCCACCUGCGUGCAGGGGGAUUUCUCAUCAUGGACCGUGUCUUCUCGCAUUGGAAAGGAAAGACGGAACGUCGACUGGAUGCACGACUGGCCGAAUUGAUGUACAGGCGGUUGUUGUUGCGUCAUUCAUGGAACAAACUCGUAUGGCAAUAUGAAUUCGCAAGGCAACAGCACACGCCCUCACCUUCCUCCACGUCAUGCGAAGAGGUGGUGGUGCACGUAGACCCCCAGCCAGGUAAGCUCAUGGUGUUUAAGGAUCAAUGUGCAGAGAAAAUCGCCCAGGGGAGGUUGAAAAAGGCUGCUUUCGUAAAGUGGCGUUCACACUACCGCAACAUGCUUUCAGAUUGUUUUUUUGUCUUUAGCCGUCGCGUGCGAGUGUUGGAAGCGUGGAUGCAGGCUCUUCGACGACAACGGGCUGCGCGCCUUAUGCUAAAGGCGUGCUGGUGGCGUUGGCGUCAGCGCCUCCAUUGCCGGCUGCAAUACAUACAAAGCCUCUACUGGAGGCGUCUGUGCCUGCUUCGGCGUGCCAUGUUGCUCUGGCGUGACGAGGCGGCGAGCCGCCACCUCUGUAACCGCCACGCUCUGCAGUCAUGUUGGGGCGUGUGGUGGCGGCGUGCUAUGCUUUGCCGUGCACAGCGGCGGCUUGCCGUCGGUGCGCAGAGGCGUGCGUUGCUCGCAUGGCGUGGUAUCGCGGCGCGCGAGAAGCAGUACCGUACUAUGUCGUGCCUGGCGGAAUCGCUGCGGGAGCUGGUUCUUUUAGUUGGCUGCUUUCGGCGCUGGAAGGGGCGUCACGAACACGCGUGUCGUGUGCGCCUUGCUGAGGGCAUACUUGGUGAUUUGCGCCGCGAGAAGCAGCGGGCACGGCUGUUUCAACGCUGGAAGCGGUUAACGUUCUGGCCUCGUGCAGGUGUGAAGGCGGAUUAG